UUUACCGCAUCUCAUGGGCAGUGAUAGUAGUUGACAAUUGUACAUCUCCAUUUAAUUGUGCUUGACGAAACAAUAUAGUUGAACGUAGAGAAUUUAACAGGGACUAGCAUAUGUCCUUUUGUAUAUCGCCUAAUAUAUUCGCAUAUGCUCAGACACUAACAGAUCAAUCGGAUUCUGCUGUCUAGCAGAAAUUGCAAAUAAAAUUUAAUACGAUGCGAACACAAUUAUGAGGAAACAUGAAAGUUAUAUCUGCUUGAUCAUUAAUUGACCCCCAUAUUGUCGUCACGGUUUCCCAACGCGUCACCGCUGCACUAUGGGGGGGGCACAUCUAACAACGAACCACGCUACUUGAAAGCUUGUACUGUGAAUUAUUUUUGCGUUUUUUUUUUUUAUCACUGGGCUAGUGCCUCUCGUUAACUAAACGGAAAUUAGACACGCAAAAUUUAGGGAGCCAUUUCCUGUCUAUAGCUAGGGUAACUUCUUACACACAGAGUCUUUUUCUCCUCGACCUACAAUUGUUGUACUGCUAGUUGCUGGCAAUGUUCUAAAAGACAACUGUCCCCCGUGCAAGCCGUCCCUACGUUACUAGUUCAUAGUAAGUAUCGGUAAUGUAUAUCACGAAAUUCCUUGUUUUUCUUACGAUGGGGUCUUCGGAAAUAUUUCGAACGGGCCCUUUUUUGAGUCGGAAUCCACUGCUGUGAGCCACUCGCUGCUAUGAAAACAAAAAUGUGAUUUGUUUAUUAUUAUUGUUUACGACGAGCCGCCCUGAACGCUUCCUUUUCGGUCGGCAAAACUCGCGCAGUGUUGACGAGAACUAAAUAGAGUUAUAUCUACAGCCACAGAUGAUACUGCAAAUGGGUCGUUUUUAUGCGCUGUUAUAAAAACAGUGUCCACUUAGCAGUAAGUUUCGUUUCACUAUUAACAUCUAUUAAAGCAAAGUUGUAUAGCAUUUCUUUACACCGAGUUCAUGAUGAAGAGAUAUUCAUAGAAGCUGUUUUCAUCGUUAAUUAAUAAUAAACGUUGUACUUAAAUUACAUUUUUGGCAAAUGCAAAAGUUUUUUUUUAUCCCAUGGCUGACAGGGUGGAUCACAGCUACGUCAUUCAAUGCGGAUCGAAAUGACACUCUACGGUAGGUGUUGAGAUACGCUUAGUUGUUUACGACGCCAGCCUUCUGCCGAAAACGACGCGAUAUACACUUCUGACAUACGGCGUGUCCUUCUCAGCGUGUUCUGUGCGGAAAGCGUUUUCGCCCCUAAGUCACUCGCACCACAGCUUUGUCUCCCUUUAAUACUUACAGCCGAUUGAUCGACUUCUGGCCGUCGGGCAGCAGCGCAUUUCAGCUGGACGCACAGGCCGCUGAGACAGUAAAGAUCAUAGAGGAUUCCGCCACAUCAAAACCACCGAGUAGGAAUUAAUCCUAGACCACAGAUACACAGAAUGAAGGUAGAAAACGUGUGAAUUAUGGUACAGGAAACUGGUCCCAAUUCGUCUGCUACUGGGCUGCUUUUGAGUUAGCCUUGUCUGACUUAGAACUGUGGCUAUAAAGGAACUCUGUUAUUUCUUCGUCGUGGUCGGUCGGUGAGGAAGUUGUUUCGUCGUUACUUUUCGAAGAGCUCUGUAACUGUCGCUUGCUCAUAUCUCCUGCAAGUCUGCCCAAGUCGGGCGUCUUCCUACCCUUAGGCUCACUGUGACAUCACUCAGAGUCUUCUUGGAAUUAAUCAAAGUGUACCUGUUUGAAAUGUGGACAAGGUGUUCAUUGGAAAAUGUAUUUCUGCGACGCUCAUUGUAGAAUUGCGCUUUGCUGCACUGGUUUCUUCUGCCGAUAUAAUGAGACGCCAGAGUACAGUGUACAAAAGUUCCUACAUGCAUUUGGAUGACUCGACUCCUUCCGGAUCAGCUUUACACUGACGAAUUACUCGACGGCUAUAAAACUGACGUGCCAAUCGUGGCUAAAAAGAAACCCCGCCAUGGAUUAAUGGCUGGUAUGUCAAUAAGGGCCGUCAGCGAUGUUGAAGUUCAGUCAUCGCUGAAUCAACGCCAUCAAAGAAAAGCGAAAAAAAGGGUCGUAAGGUUAGCGGACGUUAAGGCUAUGCACGAUUACCACAGCAACGGGGCACAUUUCAACAAUCUUAGCCAGCUUCGUGAUCCUUUGGAACGGAGCGUUACUCUCGACCUCAUCGACGCACCGAAUCGUCGAGAACUAGGGAAGCCACAGCUCAAUGUAAAAUCUCACAACAAUAUACAGCCCCACCCGAUGUGGACGACAGAACACACAUCGAUGAUCGAUCUCGUCGAUUUGGGAAGGGAGAGCGGCAGUCCCUUAAGACACAACUGUUUUAGUGAAGGUGAAGGAGCUGAAAUUAGGAACUUCGGUUUUAUUCUUGGACCCGGUUUUGUCCAACGAAAAAAACUCACGACGACAAAGAGCAAGGCUUUGCCUCUAUUAGCACAGAUUGUCAAGCCUCUCAUGCACCCAUUGAGCAAAUCAUCAACUGAUCUUCGUGCACCCAGCUCGAUCGGUUCGGUCUCCAAAUGGGCAGAGAUACUGCACAACAAUCAGAUCAUCUUUUGUGGAGCGGCGACCAAUUUCGGCUGCAAGACAUUGUUGAACGAUGAACGUCGUGACGCCAGUCCAGCCCGCAAAUCGAAUGUGAUAAGGGCUGCUACUGACAUAAACCUGGAAACAAUCCCGAGUCGUCCGCCGGCAAAACCACCACGUUUUCGUAGCAGCCAAUCUCUGGCGGCGUCAAACCGAACUAAUAACCUAAACAGUUGUACGAGCGAUCGGCAGGCGAGCGAUAUCGGCCGACACAAGGAAAGCUUUAUCAAAUUCGGUUACCCAAGUGGCCAGAAUGGUCAAGCCCAGGGACGACGCACACCUCCCCGUGAAAAUCAACGAAACAAGGAUGAGCAGUCACCUGUAUCAAAACAUCCUGUAAAGCUGUCCCCGUUGGCAUUAGCGUCUUCUAUGGAAGGCGUUGAAAUCCGUACUCUGGCCUACUUCGGUAGAACAGUGGCUCCACCUACACUGUACGAUCAUCAAAAACGAGUCUCAGGAUUAACUCAUCGCGGAAUGGCAGAUGGGCGCCUUCCCACGAGCAGAGCUCGUGCCAACUCUGAGCUCCCGCAUGUUACUAGUGGCUCACUCAGGAGGAAAAAGAAGCCGCGUCCCGAUGCAUCCUCACAAAAUGAGGCGGCGCACUAUCAGCAGCGACUCAAAUCGAUCUCAUCGGAACUUGUUACCCUGCGGAAAAGAGUGUCGGUGGCAUUGCCCGAAGACAAUUCACCACCGCCGCCGUUCCCGCUCAACAGCAAUAACAAUAACCCACUCCAUACCAACAAGAACCUUUACAACGAAAGUAACAACCAUAGAAUCAAUCACAUCGGUAAUCAUGGCUCGGCAGCCCCUUCAGCAACAUGUACCUAUGAGAACAUUGUGUACCGGCAAUGCGUAUUAAAGCCAUUAACGUCAUCACUCAAACCACUGGCUCCUGUUGCCGGAGAUCCGCCAUCACCUCCGCGAACGCAUAAGGAAGUGCACGACCUCAUUCACACCAACGGACCUCUAACUGAAGACUCGGUCCUUCGAACAUUACAUGAGAGAUUCCACGAUGGCAUAUAUUUUACGAGCAUCGGCCCCGUUCUACUUGCCGUCAAUCCAUAUCAUGAACCAAAAAACGAUCUUACCCUGACCUCCGUCGGAGGGACCAACUGUCCAGAACUGCUCAAGGUCGUUAAGAGGGCAGUACGACAGCAACGUGAGACCGGAUGCUCGCAAACAAUUUUUCUCAGUGGUGAGAGUGGCAGUGGCAAGACGUUUGCUUCAAUGGUUCUUUUGCGUCAGUUAUUCAACGUCGCGGGUGGAGGCCCCGAAACCGAUUCAUUUAAGCAUCUCGCGGCGGCCUUCACCGUGCUGCGCUCUUUGGGAACAGCGAAGACCACAUCGAACAGUCAAUCUAGCCGAAUCGGCUACUUUAUUGAAGUUCAGGCGACAGAUGGCGUAUUAUACCGAACAAAGAUCCGCGGUUUUAUGCUCGACCAGAGCCGCGUGGUUCGUCAGUCCCUCAAUGAAAAGAACUAUCACAUCUUCUAUCAGCUGCUUGCAGGCUUGUCACCCGAAGACAAGGAGAAAUUACACCUUAAAAACCAUUCGGUGACAACACUGAACUACUUGAAUCGAGCGGACACCCAGUGCGACACUCAGCUCGAUGCUGAGCGUUUCCGAAACUGGCGGUCCAGCCUGGCGUUGCUUGGCUUUCAGCCAAUGGAUGUCCUCAGGGUCCUAGCAGCUGUGCUUCUUCUUGGCAAUAUCCAAUUCGUCGACAAACACGACAGUGUGGAUCAGGUAGAUGUCGAAGAUGGUAACAUCAUUAAGUCAGUUGCAUUGUUAUUGGGCACUUCAUCCCCCGCACUUCAUUCCGCACUUACGAGACGGACCACGAUACUUCGGGGGAAAGCAACCCUAACUGCCUGCGACCUAGCAACGGCUGUGAGUAAUCGAGAUGCCCUCGCGAAGGCUCUUUACUGCCGAACGGUAGAAAUGGUUCUUCGAAAAGCGAACAGCCUGAAAGGUGCCGGUUCGACGUCUGGUACCCUCAGCUCAGAUAGCAACGAGUCGGUGCAUCAGCAGCAUUUGGACGUCAGUAACGUUCAACAUGGCUCACUCCACCAGAGUUCGACACUCAAUUCGACUGGCUCCAAAAGUCACAAGUCGAUGAGCGUUCUGAAUUCAGCUGUGAAGCAAGCAAACGACGGCUUCAUCGGGAUCUUUGAUAUGUUUGGGUUUGAGAACAACUCAACGGAGAAUCGACUAGAACAGCUAUGUAUCAAUUUGUGCGCUGAAACAAUGCAAAAUUUCUACAACCUUCACGUUUUUAAAAGUUCACUGGAUGCUUGCACGGAAGAAGGCGUGAACUGUGACUUCGAUAUGGAGUAUGCUAAUAACAUGCCUUGCAUCGAUCUCAUUUCGCAUUUGCGAACGGGCAUAAUGAGUAUGUGCAACGUCGAAUGCUCAGUUCAUGGAAGCCCAGACAGCUUCGUUGAAAACCUUACGGCAAGACACAAAAACAAUCCGAUCUUCUUCCGGCCAUCGACGCCACACGAAGCCAUGUCUACGACGAAGUUUGUUGUUCGUCAUUACGUCGGAAAUGUAACGUACGACGCUGCCGAGUUUUUGGAUUGCAAUCGGGACGAGAUCGUUGACGAUUUGCUCUGUCUUUUCCACAAAAACUCGUGUACGUUCCCAUUUGUCUCAAAUCUAUUCGGUGCCGAGAUGAAGAUUCUCUAUUCCCAUAACAAUAUGGCUAGUGGAGCUAAGUUUCGAAUUUGCUCACCUUCACCGUCGGCGUGGACAAACUUUGAUGAAAAUCGUGCUGAGCCGAUCUCGACCAUAACACAAGAUUUCCUCACGAGGGUUGACAAGCUUUGGAGAAAACUGAUUUCAGCGAAACCGCAUUUCAUUCGCUGUAUUAAGAGCAACGACCACGGACAGCCUAGACAGACGGAACGAACAUGCGUCAUGAAACAGUUACGAGUUCUACAGGUUCUUGAGACCGUUAAUCUUAUGGCAUGUGGCUAUGCACAUCGUAUGCGAUUCCGGGAGUUCAACAAUCGUUACUAUCUACUAGCGCCAUUCAAAUUACUGAAGCGGAAAGAGGAAACGAUCUUUCUCGAUAGCCAAGAAAUUCUAGAGCAUUUUACCGCGGCACUCCAAAACGUAAAGCUCUCGAACGCCGUAGUAAGUUGGACUCGAGGCAAAAAGCACAUCUUCCUUAGUGAGCAUGCCCGCCAGCUGUUAGAAAGAUUCCGGGAUCAACGACGUUAUUCGGCUGCUCUCCUGAUACAAACAGCUUAUCGGUCAUAUGUUCAUGACAAAAAGGAGCGUAAAAGACAUCAGCAGCACCAACAACAGACGAUCAUGCAAAAUCGAACCAAACCAAUACCAAAGGCUCGCGGAUCGACGGAGUGCUCCAAGUCGAUGGUAAACGGAGGUUGUACGUCGGCGUUUGAUGCUGUCAGUGGCCACCAUAGCUGGACGGGCUCACUACGACGUCAACCAAAUCCCAAUACAACAGCGCGAUUCGGAGCUGUAAGCCAAGCAUCCCGUUAUCUUAACACAUCUCAGACGACCAUCUCGCGCAGCCUGAAUCAAUCCAUUGCAGGUUGCCACCCCUCAAACCUGAGCGUGACUGGACGAAAUAACGUGAAUUUGGAUAUGUCUAUGCGAAGCUGUUUCACUCAGUUACCAUCCCAUCAGCCGCAGCAACUCAUCACGUCAGCACGAACUGCCACUUUGACUAAGACGGGCACAGUAUCGAAGUUGAGUGGUGGACGACCUCGACCACAGCCAAUAGCUGGAACCCCUCCUCCAGAAACAGGCGACCAGCGUUGCGAUCCACGUGUCGUUCUGCAAACAUGCGCAAUGUAUGGUCUUGACAGUGACUGUCCGCCUCCUAUACCGCCGAGUCGCUCGUACACGGUGACCGGCAACGCAAAGUUAAGCUAUCCUCAAGAACGAGUCAUGCGAAUCGAUUAUCCCGAUAAUCCGAACGAUGGGCACAGAUCGGGCGCAAAAAUUCUCAAAGGCGACACAGUUAUGGUUCUGGGCUCAUCUACGCACAAGGGCCAUUUACGAGUGGAAUGCCGUGGCCACGUAUUCCAUGUACCCCACCAACUGCUUGAGCUACGACCGAAGAUUCCUCAGGUUCAGCCGGUUAAUAUUCGCUCAAGGCACCAUCAUCAACCAUCCGGACCCAACAGCCUCAUUAAUGCGACCCUUGUCUCGAAUUGACGACGUACGAUGCGCGCUAUAGCCUUGAUAUAUAUGUAUCGCUUUCUAGCAUGUGUGUUGUAUUAGUAACAGCAACGAUUCGUAGAGCAAUUGUUAUGGACAGUAGACAAAGGACGAAUUACUACAAAGAGUUAGUUAAGGGUUGUGCGUUAGAUAAGCAGUGUCUGCUGUUGAUUGAACAGAAUACGAUCACGAAACGUGUUGGUGACUAAGACAGCGUGUCGAGUUUUAACGAAUGAUUUAGUGGAACUCAGAUUUUGUAGACCAAUCCCUUAGCGCGUGCAUGACUGUUGCAGGGGCCAUCUGUCAUAUCGUCAAUUUUCAAUUGAGGCACCGUCCAAUCAAGCAACAAAACGUGUUCGUUACCGAUAAAGCAAAUGUAAAUAUGUGUACACUUUGUAAAUAUGGUUACCUAUAAAGAAUCCUCUUUAACGAGAGGGAUUAUAUCAUAAAAAUUUGAAAAAAAAAAACACGAUUGCUUAGUGCUGGUGCAAUACGGAGUAUUUGUGAAUAUGCCAAUUUUCAAAAACAAAAUAGUUCGACAAUAAAAAUACGUCUGCAUUCUCUUUAAUUUUGUUCUCUUUAAGUGAUAUUAUUUGGUGUGAUUUCAUUUAAUCAAAAAAAAUAUUAUACAGUUAGGGUAAUUUGCGAAAUAACGUUCACGUUUAAAUGUUAUAUUUGAAAUGGUUCAAUAUAGACAGAAGU